AUGGGAAUCCCCAGGACGGAGCUCAAGACAUGGGUUGAGCCUUUCCAUGGUAUCACCCCAAACUCAUCGACCAUGCCGCUUGGUCAAAUCAAGUUACAUAUCACGAUCAGUGUGCCUGACAACUUCUGCAUAGAGAAGGUAACUUUUGAUGUCACGGAUGUUGAGACGACGUAUAAUGUGAUCAUAGGCCCCCCAAUGGUGGGCAGGUUCAUGGACGUGGUACUUCAUGCGUACCAAGCGCUCAAAAUCCCAGGUCCCAAAGGGGUCAUAACUGUCAAGGGAGAUCAAAAUGUAGUGGCCAAGUGCGACAAGCAGAGCCUAGAGAUGGUCGAGCACUUCUACCGAACGACGACUAUCACAAAAGACAUAGAGUCUAAGCGUCAGAAGCGUCAAGCCGUCAGUAAGGGCAAGGACAGUGCCAAGUUUGAUGAUGCUACCAAAGGUGAGACCGACAAGGGUGUCAAGGACAAGAAGGCUGGUGGUGGUACCAAGAUAGUACCCCUCGACCCAUCUAAGAUGGCUAAGACGGUCAGGAUUAGGGCUGACCUUGAACCUAAAUAG